AACGGUUUCAGAGUUGUUUCUCUUGUAAAGGAGCUCUUCCUGGUCGGCUUUUAUUCUCUCUGGUGUCUGAGAGAACAACCCUCUAGAAACAAUUUAAGAGUGACAGGUAAAAUAAAUUAUACCAAAAGCUCACAGCAACAAAAAAGAUGAAAUUCUUUCUGGACUGCCUCCUGCUUCUGCCCUUACUGCUCAUCUUCACCUUAGAGUCUCUCCUGAAGCUUUUUAUUCCUAAGAAGAGAAAAUCAGUUACCGGAGAAAUUGUCCUGAUUACUGGAGCUGGACAUGGAAUUGGAAGACUGACUGCCUAUAAAUUUGCCAAACUUAAAUGCAAACUGGUUCUGUGGGAUAUAAAUAAGCAUGGACUUGAGGAAACAGCUGCUGAAUGCAAGAGACUAGGUGCAAAGGUUCAUUCCUCUGCGGUCGACUGCAGUAACCGAGAAGAAAUUUACAGCUCUGCAAAGAAGGUGAAGGCUGAAAUUGGAGAUGUUAGUAUUUUAGUAAAUAAUGCUGGUGUAGUCUACACAUCAGAUUUGUUUGCCACACAAGACCCUCAGAUUGAAAAGACUUUUGAAGUUAAUGUACUUGCACAUUUCUGGACUACAAAGGCAUUUCUUCCAGAGAUGAUGAAGAAUAAUCAUGGCCAUAUUGUCACUGUGGCUUCAGCAGCUGGGCAUACUGGGGUCCCCUUUUUAUUGGCUUAUUGUUCAAGCAAGUUUGCUGCUGUUGGAUUUCAUAAAGCUUUGACUGAAGAACUGGCUGCCUUAGAAAGAACCGGAAUCAAAACAACAUGUCUCUGCCCUAAUUUCAUAAACACUGGCUUCAUCAAAAACCCAAGAACCAGUUUGGGACCCACUCUGGAACCUGAGGAAGUGGUAAACAAGCUGAUAGAUGGGAUCCUGACUGAGCAGAAAAUGAUCUUUGUUCCAUCUUCUUUAAGUUUUUUUUCAGUGUUAGAAAAGACCCUUCCUGAGCGUUUCCUGGCAAUUUUAAGACGAAAGAUCAAUAUUAAGUUUGAUGCAGUUAUUGGAUAUAAAAUUAAAAAACAAUAAGUGCUUCGCUUUUUUAAAAAAUGAUUUACCAGGUGUAAGUUGAUUUCAUAUAAUAUUAACCAGAAUUUUAAUGUUUGGACUUCGCUUUUCCUAAUUAUCAUUUUUUUUUUAAUACCACCUUUUGAGGCUCCAGCAGGUUCUAAUUUCAUAUAAUACACAGAACUAUCUUAGGAACCGAUCUUAUGGAAAGUGGAAGAAAACAAAGAGUUUUACAAUAAUUUCCAAGAUUUUGUAGCUCAUGUAAAGGCUUUGCAAAGUUUAUACUAUUAAUGUUUCAGAUGUAUUUUUAUUUUUAAUCACUUAAAUUUUAUAUAAUUUACAUUUCCUUUUCAUGAAGGACUAUAUCUAGUGGCAUUUCAUAAUGAAUUUCACGUCAUGUAAGAAAUAUUGCUCAAGCAUUUCACCCUACACAUUACUACUCUGCUUCCUGAGAAAUACCUCACAUUCCAAUGCCGGACAUUUCAGCACAAGGAAACUGGAGAUGGACACAUGUUGCGAGUAUAAAGGCAUCAUUGAGAUUUGAGGCAGAGAAUUGGGAGAAUGUACACAUAAGUGGCAAUAAUAAUAAAUGGAUCAAAUUUAAACUUUUGGUGUUUCUAUCUUUUUGUUUUGAACAGAACAUAGCUUAACCUUCAAAUUAAAGGAAAAUAGAUUACGUAAUCAAGGUCUGUUUUUCUUUUUCUCUUUUUAGUAUCUGGAAGUCUGUUUAAGGAAGGUUAUACUAUAGAUUCUAUAAUAUUAGGAAAUUUCAUCUGAAGGUAUCAUUUCGACAAUACAUUUCUCCCUCUUUCCCAUCAACUAACCUCUUCUGAUACAGAGAAUCAAAACACAAUUGCUGUUAACCAAAUUCUUCAUUUAGUUGAGGAUACGGAUGUCCUGACUGUGGCAGGGAACCACCCUCCCUGGACAUAAUCUUAAAACCUUCCUCUGAGCCCUUCCUGUCACCCUGGGGUCCUGCCAUGGGACUGCUAGGACUCACCAGCCUCUCUUAUAUUCCCUUUGAGAAUACUUCCAUGCUUGCUUCAGAAACACUCUUCCCCACCCUUGUCCCCCACCACCAUUCCCAUUUGCCAGAAAUCUAUACUUUUUAAUGGAAAUGAAAGCAUGGAGAAUCAAGCCAAGGAAAAGGAUAAAAAUUGACCCUCAGUACAUCUUCAACACCAACUUGGCUAUUUGGAAGUGACUGGAUCAACUUCAGAACUGAGGAGAUGUGCCUUUUACUUUUGUAGUCUUCACUUUAAUUAAAGGUACCCUAGUACUGCAAAAAAAAAAAAA